AUGCCCUCUUCCGCCGUUUCUCAAACUCCAAAUCUUCAAACCCUUUUGGAAUCCGCUAAGCCUUUCCUUCGUGAAGAAUUCGAGAAAAUCGAUAAGAGGCUUCCUUCCCUAAUUGGCAUGUUAUGCUCCGCCGGUGCAGGAGAGUGUUACCACCGCACAGGAAGCUUCCUCGACCACCUCCGCAAUGUUUACCGCAUUAUCAAGCUAUGGAAUGCACCGGAUUCCGUCGCACUGUGCGCUCUUUUCCACUCCGUUUACUCAAACUCCUACAGCGACAUCCUUCUUUUCAACCCUGAAACCGACCGCGACUCCGUCCGCGGCCUUAUCGGAGACGCUGCUGAGAGAUUGGCUCACUUGUUCUGCAUUAUUCACCGCCAGUCUCUCAUCCACAAAAACAUCAUGUGUCAGUUCACUGAGUCAGAACUUCGAGAAUACCUUGACGCUUCUGAGGUUUCCCUGAGGAACGCAAAGGAAAACGGUGUGUUCAAUGGUGAAGAGAAAUGGCGUAAGAAGCUUCAAACACUUAUCCCAGCCAACGGUCUGAUCGGGAAGCAUUACGAAACAGGCGAACUGGUCCCAGUUUCACGAAGAAUGAUCGGAAUUUUUCUUCUGAUGACAGUAGCCGAUAUCAGCGAACAAUAUUUCGGUUUUCAGGAUGUUUUAUACGAUAACUUUAACGGGCGUCUUGAGCUAACAGGAGACAGCUUCGACACAUUGUAUCCAGGAAACGGUAAACCAGGUUUAUGGAUGAAUGCAGCAUCAAGAAUGGCUGCAGUUUACACUUUGCUAGUGCGAGAAGAAGAAAUUUUUCUUCAAGAAAACAAAAGGGAUGAUGGUGGGAUUGAUAAAGCAAGAGAUGAAGAUAUCGAGCUUGUGAUCCCAUCAGUUUUCGACAAUUGCACCAAGGUUCUGGACGCAAGUGAGCAGAUCGAGGCAAUGGAUUUGUACUGGGAUGCGGUUUACUACGAUGGGCAUGACAAGGUGAAGAAGGAGAAGGCAGGAGAGAUGUUGGUGAAGAGUAUUGAGAAGAACCCGUUUGUUGGAGAGCCUCAUGUGUUAUUGGCUCAGUUUUAUUUGAGUCGAGAGAGGUUUGAGGAGGCUGAGAUUGAGGCUGAGAAGGGGUUAAGUCUUUUGUUGCAGUGGGGGUGUUCAUGGGACAAGAGGGUCUCAUGGGAAGGGUGGGUUACUUGGACUAGGGUGUUGUUGAAACAGGCAAAGAAGAAGUCGUGGCCACACACUGCAUGGGGUGUCAUCAAUUUAGGGUAUGUCUUGUAG